AUGACAGAAGAUGCAUGGUUUGGUGUCACUCCUGAGCCUAUAGCGAACAAAAUCGCUGCUCACAUCGCAGAGUCGGCACUGAAGGAAAAGACUGUUAUUGUUGAUGCGUUCGCAGGUGUGGGCGGCAAUGCGAUUGCGCUGGCUCGUUCAGGUCGUUGGGAACGUGUGUUCGCUAUUGAGAAGGACCCCAAGACUCUCAAAUGCGCAAAGCACAACGCCGAAAUUUACGGUGUUGCGAACAAGAUCUUCUGGCUAGCUGGCGACUGCUUCGAGACAAUAAGAACUAGCUAUGGCGAGGAUGACGUGUUCGAUCUGACGAAAAUGGAGCCCUACAACCUCGAAAAACUUUAUAGGAGCUUUACAAAGUACAGCAAGGAGGUCGUUCUGUACCUUCCACGAAACUCAGACCUGAACCAGAUCGCACGAUACGUUCCGGAAGGACAAAAGUUAGAAGUAGCACAUUAUGCCAUCAUGGCUGCCAGCAAGGCAUUGUGCGUAUAUUUCGGAGACUUCAACUUCGAUGUUGCCGAGGACGAAGAGAAAUGA